CAGAAGCUGUGACGCUCAACUUGAUCUUUUCACACGUUUAAGGAGUUUAACAGACAAAGCUGUAGUUGGUGGUAAAAUGCCACAAAAGAAUAGCUUCAGCUUUAAAAGUGUGCUGCUCAUAUUUCUGCUGAUAUUUGGCGUAUUGUGGAAACACUGUGACUCACAGGUGAACAGAGAAGACGCCAACAAGCCUCCAGAUGGACACAGAGGUGAUGGCAGCGCCUUCUUCGCCCUGCGGAGCUGCCACCAGCUGCUGCACGGCGACACCGGCGAGUUCUUCUCCCCGGACUACCUGUGCUCCAACCCGCCUCUGUGGUGCAACUGGACCAUCCAGGUGGAUCCUGGAAAGAGAGUCCAUCUCCACCUGGAGGACCUGACCCCUGACGACGCCUGCCACCUCAAAGAGGACCAGGUCCACGUGGACGAGCCUGUCGGGCACUUCAGGGGUCACAAGGUCCUGCAGAAGUGCUGGCGGGAGGCCAAGUACACCUCCUCCUCCAACACUCUGUAUGUGGUGCUGCUGAUCGGCGGCUGGCCCAGUCCGCCCUACAGGGGCUUCUACGGCCGUUACCAGGCCUUUGGACCGCCGGUGGUUUACAACCCACAGGAGGGAUUGACAGAGACAAACAGGAAGUCAGAGCCAUCUGCUGGACUCGUGGACUUCAAUGAACUUGUUAUGAAUGAACAGAUGGAGUCAGAGCAUCCGUCACCUGCAGACUCUGAUCUCAUGUAUGAUUAUUAUGGUCAAUCGUCAGCCAGGGUGGCAGAGCGGCCCUGGGAGUCCGAGGAGGCUGCAGACUCUGAGGUGGGAGUGGGUGAAAGCCACCAGGAGAACCACAGCCACGUCUACGCAUCCACAGCCACGCCCACAGAGCCAGCAUCCACACAGGGGACCUCUCGAUCAGGAAGAGGUGCCACUCAAUCCCCUUCAAGCCGGUCUGACUCAGCCGUCCCUCCAGAGUCUCUACAGCAGCAACACGAUGGUCAGAACCAGCAGCUCGAACCCACCACAGGCAGCCCAACGGCUAAUGUAGAGGAAGCUUCAACACAUCCAGAGGAAGCUGCUGUUACAGAGGAGGAGCGCCUGUCAGAGCAGGAGAGGUCUGCAGAUGGUGAGGACAGGACAGAGGUCGGCAAGGCCUCCAACGAGCUUCCUGCCCCCUCUGAGGCACCAGAACCAGACGAGACUGAGCAGACUCAUCCUCACCCCAACAUGGUGGAGCCACUGUCGGACCACAGAGGGAACUUCAACAUUCGAAAUCACUCUGAAAUUCCACACCUUCCUGGCGAUCACCUGUUUGAAGUGACCGUUGAAGUGAACUUCAGUCCGGAUUUGAAGGAGUCCUGGGACAACCAGGCCUGGUCACUGCUGCUCUCAGUGCAGGCUUUGAUCAGUAAGCAGCUGGAGGCUCUGCAGACGCCGCUGUUCAUGACCCCAAAAAGAAUAAAAAGGCUGAGUGCAGGAGUGCUGUACAUCAUCUGGCUGCAGAUUGGACAGGGGCCCAGAGGUCUGCAGGUCCACAAGAGCGUCCACUACGCCCUGAAGGGCCUCACUGCCACAGGCGUCGGCACCCGAGGAAACCACAGGGAAGCUUUCAUCAUGUCCCUGUCGACUGCAGAUGUAAACGAGUGUGGGACUCAGCUGGUGCUGUGUGACGUUAACGCAGACUGUGUGAACUGGUUCGGUUCGUACUCGUGUCGCUGCAGGCCGGGCUUCCAGGAUAAGUCGCGCCUGGGGUCAGGAGGGACUGUGUGUGUGGACGUGAAGCCUGCAGGUUGCAGCUCAGGCUUGUCUGCUGAGACUAAAGGCGUCUACGUGCUUUUCUUCCUGCUCAGCUCCCUCAUCCUGAUGCUGCUGGCGGCGGCCGGCUUGCUGUACCACCGUCACCACCGGGGGGCCUUCUUGGUUCGGUGCCACAGCAGCGACAGCAUGUCUCCUUCGGACGGCAACAACAACAGCAACCAUCAUCAUGAUGAUGACGGCUACUCCAACCCCGCUGACCCUGACCUGCCCCCCCCACCUCCACCUGCCCGUGGCUUCAGGGAAGGCUGGCCUCAGGUGAAGGAGCGCUGCCCGGCCGUGGAGCUGCCACUGCUGCGCUUCAGCUCGCUGCUGCCGCUGGACAGCUACAUGCAGCCGCAGGAGGGCGGGAAGGUGUGAA